AUGAAUAAAGAAAAAGAAAUUAUUGAACGAUUUACCAAAAAUCUUAAUAAGGAGACCAAGGUCAAUGAAUUAGCCGUAAUUGGUCGGGAGAGAGAAAUUAAACAAUUAAUUUAUAUUUUGUCGCGCAUGAUGAAAAAUAAUCCCUUACUGAUUGGUUAUCCGGGAGUAGGAAAAACCGCUUUAGUUGAAGGUUUGGUCCAAAGAAUCAAGCAAGAGAGAGUACCCGACUAUUUACGUGGUAAGACUGUCUAUCAAUUAGAUAUGAUGUCCUUAAUGGCUGGAACCAAAUUUCAAGGAGAAUUAGAAGAAAGAUUAAAAAUAAUUUUCAAUUUCAUGGCUCAGCCAGAAAAUAAUGCUAUCCUUUUUAUUGAUGAAAUCCAUUUAAUUGUGGGUGCUGGUCGUAGUCAGGGUGCUUUGGAUAUUUCUAAUCUUCUCAAACCGCUGCUUUCUCGGGGUGAAAUCCAGUGCAUCGGAGCCACCACCCAAGAAGAAUACCACCAGUAUAUCGAAAAAGAUGGGGCCUUAGCGCGUCGUUUUAGCAACAUAUUAGUCACUGAGCCAAGCCAUGAGAACACAUUAAGGAUUUUACAAGGUAUUCGCAAUUAUUUUGAAAUUUAUUACGAAUUGAAGAUUUAUGACGACGCCUUGCUAGCUACCGUCAACUUUUCUCAACGUUAUCUCACUACUACCUAUUUGCCGGACAAAGCGAUUAAUUUACUGGAUGAAACUUGUGGGCGAGUCCGCAGCGAAAUAGAAUUAGAAAUUAAAAAAACUGCUCUGGAAAAAGAAAAGGGCCAGGAAAUUGAACAAAAAGAAAUUGACCUCACCAAGGCGGCCGAAUUAAGAUAUUCAACUAUUCCAACUAACCAAGCCAAAGUCAGAGAAUUAGAGUCCCGUGCUCGCAGUAAUGUAUUAAGAAAAUAUUUUAUCAAUCGCGAAGACAUUGCGUUAACUAUCGCUCAGAAAUAUGAUUUGCCAAUUGGCAAAAUCUUGGAUAGCGAGCAGCAAAAAUUGCUUUUCUUGUCGGCUAUUCUCCAACAAAGAGUAAAAGGCCAAAAUGCGGCUUUACGAACCGUUAGCGAAGCCAUUUUUCGGGCCCGUGCGGGGGUUCAGGACCCUAAUCGCCCCUUAGCCUCUUUUCUUUUCGUAGGUCCAACCGGAGUAGGCAAAACCGAAGUGGCUUUGACAAUUGCCGAACAACUUUUCGACCAAAAAAAAAAUCUCAUUCGUUUGGAUAUGACCGAAUUUUCUGAGCCGCAUUCAAUUAGUAAAUUAAUCGGUUCUCCUCCGGGCUAUAUUGGUUUUGAAGAUAAACCCCGUCUAGAAAUUGUGCGAGAAAAAAUGCAUAGCGUCGUGCUCUUUGACGAAAUAGAAAAGGCUCAUCCCGAAGUUAUUAACAUUCUUUUACAGAUACUAGAUAACGGAUUUCUGACUUUGGCUAAUGGUCGGGAAGUUAACUUCCGCAACACGAUUAUCAUUUUGACAACUAAUUUAGGUUCGGAAUUAUAUUUUGAAAAUAAGGAAAUGAAAGAGAUAAAAGAGGAAUUAAAUGCUGAACUAAAAAAUCAUUUUCGUCCGGAAUUUCUUAAUCGGCUUGAUGAAAUAAUUUUCUUCAAUUUUUUAAGCAGAAAGGUUGUUAAGGAAAUUAUUAGCAAAGAAUUACAAUUUUUUAUCCAACGAAUCGCGUCGGAGAAAAAUAUUAAAUUGCGAUAUAGCGAGGAAGUGGUGGAAAAAAUUCUGAAUGAGGCUUACUCGAUUGAGUAUGGGGCUCGGCCAAUUAAGCACUAUAUUGAAAAAAAAAUCGGCACCUUGAUUGGACGAGGCAUUGUCUCACAAUUUCUUCAUAGGGGUGGCAAUUACACUCUUAAUUUAGAAGAAGGGACUGAGGAAAUUAAAAUGACUCGAGCCAAUCUACAAAAAUUACAUAUUUUUCCGGACACUCUUCAAAAUAAUAUCAUCCAUCAAGAAUAUUAUCAAAAUGAGGAAAGUUGUUAUUAUCUGCCAGUGGCCGAUAGUUUAACCGGAACCUUGGAUUUAUCCUCAUUUCCUCGUUUGCGAAAGUUAACAAUCAACCAGCAAUUUAUUAAUCGUUUGAUUUUGACUGGCUGCCAACAGUUAAGAGAACUAGAUGCUGACGACAACUUACUGAGAAAGGUAAUUUUGCCGCUCCGAGCCCAUCGCUUAAAAAGUAUUCGUCUAAACGACAAUAAUUUCUGGGCUCGAGAUUUGUCUGUCUUUGCUUGCUUUCCUCGGCUAAAAUGUUUAUUUUUGGGAACUAGUGAUGAAAAUAGAAUAAGAAACUUAAAAUUGGAAGAAUUGGAUAUUAAUGCUACUGAUAUUAAUGGGGGUUUAGAAUAUUUAAAUACUGAAAAAUUAUUCGGUUUUACUUUUGGCAAUUGCGGUCGGACAGGGGCCAGAGUGGAUGAUUUGAAAGAUGCUUUAACUGAUUUUCUCGAAUUACAAGAAGCCGUAGAAGGGACUUUUUUUACUGAUAAUUCUUUUGAAAAUAAUUUAGAUAAAGUGGAAGAUAUUCGGUUAUGGCAACAAGAACAAAGACAACAAUUAGCCCAAAUCCAAAGAAGAAAAUGCCGCAUACUUUCUAACGAAUUAAUCGAGAAAUUAAGAGAAAUAUAUUCAGAGGGUAACAACGGUUAUAAUCCGCCUAUAAAAUUUAUUGAUUUUGAAUUAGACAAAGACGCAAAAAUUUCUUCGGAUGGAGUAUUAUGGGUUAAUUUCGUUAUUAAAACAACUACUGACCCCGCACUUCACAUCAGUGAUUUUUCGCUAUUUUUUUACCAAGAAAAAGCCAAUGAAACCAAAUACGUCCGCCCUUAUGCCCUCGGUCAAAUCAAUUUAAUUAUCAAAAAGGGCAAUAUUGACUUAACUACUUUAGCAGAUUCCGGACUUUUCCUAAACGAAAGUUAUAUGAGUGCUAGGCCCCAUGACUGCUUGGCCUUAGAAUUAAUUGCUAGAAUAAUUAAUCAAUUCGACAAUUACAAAAACUCAGUCAUCCAAAAAAUCAUUCACCAAGCCAAUAGCCAAAGCAUUACUGAAACAGAAUUAAACAAUAACCACAUUACUGAUUACCAAACUAAACAAUUAGAAAAAGAUAUUGAAAAUUUGGUGUCUGCCAAAAAGAAAAAUGAGGAAGAACGCCAACAAGCCGAAGCCGAGGCUCGUGAAAACGCCAAAAAAGAGGAAGAAAGACUAAAAAAAGAACAAGAGGAGAAAGAGAAAAAAGAAGCCGAAGAAAAGGAAAAAAAGGAACGGGAAGAAGAACAAGAAAAUAAAAGACGAGCGGAAGAAGAAGCCAGGCAGCAGGAAUUAAACCAGAAAAGAGAUAGUUUUAUUGCUGAAAUCACCACUGCUCUCAAUCAAGAACCCAAACUUACUAAUAACGAGUUAAAAAAUUUAGAAAAAGAGGAAAAAGAAAAGAGUUAUAACGACAACAAAGAGGAAACCGACGAAUUAAAAAAGGGCAAAGCGGCAGAGGACCCUCAGAAGUAUAGCGAGGAAGUCAAGAAAAAAACUGAGGAAAAACUAAAAGAUGGCGGGAUUGAAGAAAAUGAGUUGGAAAGUGAAACUCAGAAAGAACUACAAAAGUUAAAGGACGGUGAAAUUAAAGAUGCCGAUCAACUAGUAGCCGCCGAAAAUAAAAUCAAACAGGAUAUUUAUCAAAAAGAGGCUGCGAAAAAAAUAACUGAUUUAACUUCUCAGGUGAAUGAAGUUUUAAAAGCAAAAAAUAAGUCCCAAAUAAUUGAACUAAAAAAGAAAUUAUUAGAGUUUAUUAGCAAAAAAUUAAGUAAUGAAUAUUUAGAAUUAAGCAAAAUUGCUCCUUGGGAUACUGAUACUAAAAACACUAUACUUUUUGUUUAUCAGCAACUAUUAAUUAUGCUUCACCCGGCCAUCCCUUUCAUUACCGAGCAUAUUUACCAAGAAUUAACCCACCAAAAAAUAUUACAAGCCGGAAUUGAAAUUUUAGAAAAACAGUUAAGAUUUUACGAAGCUGAAUGCCAAAGAAGUCAGAGAAUAUUGACUAAUGACAAUUUUCAAAAAAAGGCCCCUCUGCCAUUAAUAGAAGAAGAGAAAAAUAAAUUAAUUUAUUACCAGGAACAAAAAAAAAAAAUCCAAGCCAAGUUAAAAAGUAAACAAUAUCUCUAUCUGCCAAAAAAGAAAGAGCAAAUUUUUCGCAUCGAUUACCAGAAAAAUACUAAAAAGGACGAUGAAAUUUUUUUUGAUAAAGUUUUACAGAUAGAUAAUGAAUUCGGUCAGCCCUAUUUAGCCAGUAAAUUGGAGCCUAAACUGCCUGUUAGAUUGCGUGGCAAAGUAGUAAAACACGGGCAAAAUAAAAAAAUAGUGGGAUUUAGAGCCCAAUAUACCGAAGUAAAAAUAUUAGAGGUAGAAACUGGAAACAUUGCUGGAAACCAAGCAGAGGGCGUUGCCGGAGAGCAAAAAAAAAAGUAUAACAAUCCUUUUCAAAUAACCAAAUUUUUCCAGAAUACUGACUUAUCAACUAUCAUUAAGCAAUUUUCUUCUUUUUCACAAAAAGAAUUAAAAGAAAAAAGUGUUUUAGUAAGCGUUGCCGGAAGGAUUUCCCGCUUUAAUAUUGUCGGAGGCUUAAUUUUUGCUGACCUAACUACCCAAGACCAAAAAAUUCAAUUGAAAGUUAGUGAAAAUGAAAAGAAUAAAGAUAAAUUUAGAGAUUUUUCUGAUUUGCUGGAUGUUGGUGAUUUUAUUGGAGUAAAAGGAAUUGUCUGUAAAACUAAUAGAGGAGAGUUAAGUGUGGAAGUAAAUGAGUUUAUUUUAUUAAGCAAAUGUUUGAGACCUAUCCCUAGUUCUUACUACGGACUUAGCGAUACCGAGGAAAGGUUUCGCAACCGACCUUUAGAUUUUAUUGUUAAUAAGCAAAAGAAAGAGAUUUUUUUCAUUCGCCACCAAGUAAUCAAAAAUAUUCGCCAGUUUUUAGAGAAAAAAAGUUUUAUUGAAAUUGAAACCCCCAUUCUGGUUUCGGAGGCCUCCGGAGCCCAGGCCAAGCCUUUUAUUACUCAUCAUAAUAAAUUACACCGGGAUUUUUAUUUGCGAAUUGCUACUGAAAUACCCCUCAAAAAAUUGCUGGUAGGUGGCUUUGAAAAAGUUUAUGAGAUUGGUCGAAUUUUCCGUAAUGAAGGUAUAGAUGCCCGUCAUAAUCCCGAAUUUACCACCAUUGAAGUUUAUCAGGCUUAUGAAAAUGCGGAACACAUGAUGAAUCUGACCGAGGAAUUGCUUCAUUAUUUAGUUGAAAAAGUUUUUCACCAACAAACGGAAUUUGCCUUUAAUUUUCACAAUAUUUCUCUCAAAAAGCCUUUUCGCAGACUGUCAAUGAUAGAGGCUAUCAGAGAACAUGCCAACGUAGAUUUCGCCAAAAUAAGCAACUUGGAAGAAGCCUGUCAACUGGCCCAAAAAUAUAAUUUAAAAUUAGAAAAAUUUCAAGAAACCACUGGACAUAUUGUUUUGGCUUUUUUUGAAGAAUAUGUGGAAAAAAAAUUAAUUCAACCGACUUUUAUUUAUGAUUAUCCAUUAGAAGUUUCUCCACUAGCCAAAAGCAAGCCGGGAGAUGAAAAAAUUGCUGACCGAUUUGAACUUUAUAUUGGUGGAUUAGAAUUUGCCAAUGGUUAUAGUGAAUUAAAUGACCCUAGCGAGCAAAAAAGAAGGUUUGAAGAACAGAGUAAACAAAAAGAAUUGGGGAAUGAAGAAAUUGCCAGUUUUGAUAAAGAAUUUUUGGAAGCCCUAGAAUAUGGGAUGCCGCCAGCAGGGGGAUUAGGGAUUGGGAUAGAUAGAUUGUUAAUGUUACUUACUGGUCAAAAUAGUAUUAAGGAAGUGAUUGCUUUUCCGCAGUUGAAGAACAAAGGUGUGAUUGACCAAACUAUAAAAUAUCGCAAUGCUCUUCAAGAGAAUAAUGAUAAUUUAAAUCAUUUGCGAGAUUACUGGACAAAAACAGGGUGGACGACAAGAGACUUCAAACAUAAGGCUAGAAUUAUUUGUAUCGCUCCGCAGUUUGACGAUGAUACCAAGGAAAGAGAAAGCAAACAAGAAGAAAUUUAUCUAGUAGAAAUGUCUGUGUAUAAUUUAAAAAAUGAACAAUUAGUGUUAUUAAAAGGGAAACAUGAAGAAAUAAUUAAUUUAGAAGAAGAACAAACAAUAGAUAAAAUUAUUAAUAACACGCCAGUUUUAACAAAAGAACAAGGCAUUUCACUACUUUUUUCUACCAAAUAUAAUCCUAAACUAACCGAAGAAAAAAGACUUCAAAAUGAGUUUAAUUUAGUAUUAAGUAUAACCGCAAAAGCUCGCUAUUUUACUUUUUAUACCAAAAAUAAUGAUUAUGUUUUACGAAUACCACUAAAUCGGCAAAAAUUGGUUAGAACUUUUUUUGAUUUUUCUCCUACUCAACCAGAAGAAAAAAAGAUUAUAAAAAAAGAAAUUAGCCUUUUGAUAGAAAAAUCUCUUCAAGAAGCCGCCGAUUUUUCCGAAAUAGAGAUAGUAAAAAAAAAGUAUUUAGACAAGGGCGGCCUAAUUUCUCAACUUUUUCAGCAAGUUGAAAAAGUAGAAGCGAAAAUAAAAGAACAUGGCUCCCAACAAGUUCCUAAAAAAGAGGAAGUGGAUAUUUAUCUUGAAGGAGAAAAAAUUCCUCUGGCUAAUCUCCACCCGCUAACGCAAAUUACUCAAAAAAUUUAUGAUAUUUUCUGA